GAAACGAUAGAGCUGCUAGGGUUUUUUUUUUGUUGUAUCGGGGACUUGCGCACGUUGUUCUUCCUUCGAUCGCUUCGAGUGGAGUUUCAGUCGGGUCUCAAGCCAUCAGACCCUAGAAAUCGGCAGAGUUAACUCACUUCUGUCUUCAAAAUGCUGUGGGUUGACAAGUACAGGCCUAGGAUUCUCGAGAAGAUGAUAGUCCAUAAAGAAAUUGCGCAAAACCUCAAGAAAUUGGUUGCGGAGCAGGAUUGCCCGCAUCUUUUGUUCUACGGGCCACCUGGAUCGGGGAAGAAGACUAUGGUAAUGGCUCUACUCAAGGAAAUAUUUGGUGCUUCGGCUGAGAAGGUGAAGUUAGAGCAGAAGGCAUGGAAGAUUGAUGCUGGAACCCGGACUAUAGAAUUAGAACUGGCCAUGUUAGCCAGUUCCCAUCAUGUGGAGCUGAAUCCCAGCGACGCAGGCUUCCAAGACAGGUAUAUUGUUCAAGAAAUCAUCAAGGAAAUGGCAAAAAAUAGGCCCAUUGAUUCAAAAGGCAAAAAAGGAUUUAAAGUUUUAGUAUUGAAUGAAGUGGACAAGCUUUCAAAAGAGGCACAACAUUCUCUCAGGAGAACCAUGGAGAAGUAUAGUUCAUCCUGUCGGUUAAUUUUAUGCUGCAAUAGCUCUUCUAGGGUUACCGAGGCUGUUAGAUCUCGCUGUCUAAAUGUGCGUGUCAGUGCACCGACUUCUGAGCAGAUUAUCGAAGUUUUGGAAUUUAUUGCAAAAAAGGAAAGUUUACAGCUUCCAACAGGAUUUGCUGCACGGAUAGCUGUUCAAUCAAAUCGAAGUUUAAGAAGAGCAAUCUUAUCCUUUGAGACCUGUAGAGUGCAGCAAUAUCCAUUCACAUUGAACCAAACCAUUCCACCAAUGGACUGGGAACAAUAUAUCUCAGAAAUUUCAUCCGACAUAAUGAAGGAGCAGAGCCCUAAAAGGUUAUUUCAAGUACGCGGAAAAGUAUAUGAGCUUCUUGUUAACUGCAUUCCUCCUGAAAUGAUUCUAAAGAGAUUAUUAUCAGAGUUAUUGAAGAAGCUAGAUUCCGAGUUAAAGCAUGAAGUUUGUCACUGGGCUGCAUACUAUGAGCACAGGAUGAGACUUGGUCAGAAGGCAAUAUUUCAUAUAGAAGCUUUUGUGGCCAAGUUCAUGAGCAUCUACAAGGCUUUUCUGAUAGCAACAUUUGGCUAGUGAAGAUUAAUGCGAACUCAUCUGAAAUGUUUAGCCUUUGAGAUUUUAGAGAUAAAAAUUGCUUCGCAGCCACAGCAGUUGUUUUAAUGGAAGUUAUCUCAUAUUAACUUUUGGUUAAGCUGAAAGACUUUUUUUUUUUUGUGUUCUGCUCUGUUGUUAGAUAUGAAAGGAUGGUAGCAAGUUAG